AUGAAUAUAGAUAUCUUCCAGACACCGCAAGGGCAAAUAGAGACAGCAAUAGACACCAUGGUGCUAAGGGAAAGAGAUGGCGCGACGCCGCGAAGCGCAAGAUUCGGGAGGAAGAAUACUGUCUGUCCGUGCUGCAGCCCUGUGCCCGGAAAAGCUAAAAAGAUAUUGUCCUGGCGAUGGUCCCCCGACGGAUCCUCCAUUUUCAAGGGUUUCAAAAGAUCCAAGAUGCGUGAGUUUUUCGUCAAGUGACACGACAUGACCUACUGGCACUGCAAGUGGAUUCCCGAUUGGAAGCUGGCUUUGCACCACUCCCUGAUGGUCGCUUACUUCCAGAGAAACUACGACAUGGAAAAGCCGCUCCAGUUCGAUCACAAGGGCGUAAAGCCCGAGUGGCUCAUAUCUCAGCGUGUAACACCUGAUGGCGGAACUGUUUAACUGGUAAAGUGGCGGGAGUUGACCUACAGCGAGUCCACAUGGGAGAAGGAAAACGAGGGCAUUCCGAGCUUAAAGCGGGCCAGCGACUUCUACCAGAAUCUGGAAUCCAGCCAGAAGGAUCGGGGUAAGGGCAAGCCCACCACUGAUGUGAAGAAGAAAUAAGAGGAUCAGCCGGAAAUCGUGCAGGGAACUGGCACGAAGUUGCAUCCAUUCCAGCUGGAGGGUGUCAACUGGCUCCGCUACAGUUGGGACCAGGGCAUCCCCACCAUACUGGCCGUUGAGAUGUGCCUGGGCAAGACAAUUCAGACGGUGACCUUCCUGUACUCCCUGUCCAAGGAAGGUCGCUGCCGCGGACCCUUCCUCAUAUCCGUACCGCUUUCCACUCUCGUCAACUGGGAGCGCGAACUGGAGCUAUGGGCUCCGGACUUCUACUGCAUUACCUAUGUGGGCUCAAAGGCCUCCAGAGCUGUUAUCCGGAGAAACAAGCUGUGCUUCGAGGAGGUAAAUACCCAGAAGAUGCCGGCCAAGCACAUCCAGUUUAAGUUUAACGUGCUGCUGAUCAGCUACGAGUUGAUCUCCAUAGACGCCACCUUUCUUGGCAGCAUCAAUUGGGGCAAGUUUUUCCGUAUUCUGAGCAGCUACAGCACCUUCUACAAGCUGCUGCUCACCGGCACACCGCUGCAGAACCAUCUCGAGGAACUGUUCCACCUGGUCAUGAUCUAUCGGUUUGGGAGCCACAACUCGGUGGAGGAGCGCAUGACGUAGGUGGCCAAGCACAAGAUGAUGCUCACCCACCUUGUGGUGCGCCCGGGAGUGAGCGGCAAGCCUGCCAGCUCAACGAAGCAAGAGCUGGAGGAUAUCGUUCGCUUUGGCACCGAGGAUCUCUUCAAGCAGAACGAUGAAAAGGAGGCUAUCCACUACGAUGAUGAGGGGGUGGCCAACCUGCUUGACCGCACCCAUCGCGGCAUUGAGGAGAAGGUAUCCUGGUCCAACGAGUAUCUUUUGUCGUUCAAGGUGGCGUCCCGCACCAAUGUCGAAGGAAUUAAGGAGGACGAAGUUGGUUACCAACAGGAUACGGAAAACAAGGUCCGGCCUACUGGGACUACAGCAGCAGCAGUAGGAUAA